AUGUCCGCCGCCGACGCGGUGCCCGUGUUCCUGAUGCUGCUGCUGCUGUGGGUCAGCGUUGCGCUCAAGAUAUGGCUGAAGAUGCUCAGGGGUCCAGGGGCGCGGCAGCAGCUGGCACUGGUGGCGCAGCAUGUAGGGGAGCCACGAAAGCGCUUCGUGAGCGCCUUCCGUGGCGCCACGACGCUGCUGACCGCGCUGGGCAUCCUGGCCGUCGACUUCCAGGCGUUCCCGCGGCGCUACGCCAAGGCGGAGCGCCACGGGCAGGGCCUGAUGGAUGCGGGCGUGGGCGCCGUCGUGUUCGCGGGCGGCCUGGUGUCCAAGGCGGCGCUCGCGGACGCGGCGGCGUCGCGUGGCGCGCUGCGCCGCGUGCUCUCCGGCCUCCGCUCCGCCGCGCCGCUGCUGGCCCUCGGCCUCGCGCGGCUGCUGGCCACGCGCGCGGCCGGCUACCAGCAGCACGUCGGCGAGUACGGCGUGCACUGGAACUUCUUCCUCACCGCGGCCGCCGUCGGCCUGCUGACGCUCGCCGUCCGCGUGCCGCGCCGGCUGCUGCUGCCCGUCGGCCUGCUGGUCGCCGCCGCGCACCAGGCGGCGCUGUCGCUCGGCGGGCUGUCUGAUUGGGUGCAUUCCGAGGAGCGGGGCCCAGGGUGGGUCAGCCUAAACAAGGAGGGGGUCGCGUCCGUCGCGGGCUACUGGGCGAUCCACCUGCUGGGCGCCGCCGCCGGCGAGCACCUGCGCGGCAGCUGCGCGGCCGCGUCGGCGGGCGUCCGCGCGCGGCUGACAGUGCCGCACAAGCGCGGUGGCGGCGCCGGCGCCGGCGGCGGCGGCGGCGGGGGCGGCGGCAGCGGGCAUGAGGGAGGGGUGGGCGCGGCGUCGCAGGCGCUGGCCUGCAACGCGGCCUAUGUACUUUGGGUGUCCGCCCAGUGCGGCGCCAGCCUGGCCAUGUGCCUCAUCACCGACGCCGUCAGCACAGCCCUCGUGGGCGCGCCCCCCCACCGCACGCUCCCCCUGCCCCCCGGCCCCAGCGGCCCCGGCGGCCCGGGGGCACCCAGCAGCAGCGGCAGCAGCGGCGGCGGCGCGGCGGGCGCGUCCGGGUACGGCGCGCCGCUGCUGCUUGAGGCUUUCAACCGCAACAUGCUGGCGCUCUUUCUGGCGGCGAAUCUGGCGACCGGCGCGGUCAACCUCGGGGUGGACACCCUGUCGGUCGGCCACGGCGCGGCGCGCGCUAUCGUCGGCACCUACCUGGUUGCCGUCUGCCUGCUGGCCGUGGCCCUCGACGCCCUCAACAUAACCCUCAAGCUCUGA